AUGCUUAUUACGAGCCGCAAUGAUCAAUUGCUACAGGGAAAUGGAUAUUCACUUCCACUACUAACAAAAGAUGCAGAUGUCCGUUUUUGUGAAUAUUGUCUGAUCAAUAUGUGCACACAACUUGUUGGCCUGGCUUUGUCUUUGCAGUCGAUAUCGUGGACGGGCAAGUGGCGAACAUCAGAGUUGUUAGAGCAAACCAAGAAAUAUUUGCCUGAAACUCCAAAGCUGUUUGUUGUUGUAUCUGUUUUGGCACUAAAAAAAUCUAUUCGACGAAUUGAUAUCUAUAAUGUAUUGAGUGAAACUAUGUUAAAUGCAUAUUAUGAACGCCAUGCGACGGGUAUUUCUCAAAAAGUUCUCGUUUAUUUGCUUACAGAACUGGCUGCUCACAUGACACAAUAUCUAGCGACAAAUACUAUUGAAGAAUUCAAUAUUCGCGGGAAAUAUCGUUGUGCACUUGAAAUUAAACCCCAUCGCAUCGAAACUCCACGAAUGGUCGAUGAUAUUGUACAAUUAUUAGCAGACAAUAUCGGUUUAUUGAGUGCAGUUGGCAAAGGUUCUCAAUGUCUUUACCGGUUUCGAUAUUCACUGUUCCAAGGUUAUGUGCAAAUGUCUUGUACAAUCUUCGAUCAAUGGCGGUAG